AUGAACGAUGGUCAAUUCUUGUUCCAACGUAACGAUCCCAUCAUAUUAUAUACAUUUUUGCUUAAAAGUAAUUAUACAGUCUUUCGCAGCAUAGAUGAAAGGCUAUGUGAUUUCGUUUUUUAUAUUGACCACUUCUUGAACAAACGAAUCAGUUAUCGCAUACCAAUUCUAAUAAGAAACAACAACACAAACAUUUUAAACAACUGUCCAAGCAGCUUUCCUCCUUUGGUUGACCUUGUUGGACAUAGACUGGUUGCUGCUGAGGAUAACCCUGUUGCGGUGGACCUUGUUGAUAAUAACCUUGUUGUGGUGGACCUUGUUGAUAAUAACCUUGCUGUGGGGGUCCUUGUUGGUAGUAACCUUGUUGUUGGCUCAUUAGUUUUCGCUCUUUUGACUUGUUUCGAAGACGGAUAG